AUGUUGUUAAAUGGCGGGGAGAAACCCCUGACUAGGGGCACAUCAUGGGUGUGGAAUAAAAAAGUUUUGCGCUUUGUUGUUGCCAUCUGUUUGGUGGGCGGCUUUGCUUUCUUUUUGUGGCCUCAUGUUGAGGGGCAAGAAGAGGCUGUCAAGGAUUCGGUUUCCAACAUCACUAUCACCUCGGGGGUCCAAUGUAAGCCCGACUUCGAUGUACUCCGUCGCCUCGAAAUUCAGAAACUCUCCGACUAUGUGAAACGGGAAGUGGUGGCCGUGCCAACAACUGGUACAUUACCCAUCAGACAACGCCUGGAGACAACUUUGUUUGAGCACUUCGAGGGCCACGACCACACCUUAACCCGGCAGUCGCAGGACGAUUGUUCGGUCUCGCCGCCAAUCUCCCUCCAGGUUUCUAAGUCACUUGGCAAAGCGAAUGCGUCGCAUAUCGACUUUGGCGUGGCGACAACGCUAGAUCGAUUGAAUGACUCGCUCGAUGCAUUCUAUCACUGGGCUGGCCAUACGCACACCCGCAUUUUCGCUCUCAUUGAGCCGGACGAAGAAAAGAAAAUCAGUGAGGUCCUAGUGAAGGCGAAUGCACUUGGGAUCAAUUUACAUGUGACCCAAUUGGAUGAAGAAUACCAGCGUCGGUACUUCUCAUUAGUCUCCCACCUGUCACAUAAUGUGCGAUCGGAGACGCAAUGGGCCUGCAUUAUUGAUGAUGAUACGUUCUUCCCAUCGAUGACAGGAUUGGUGAAGGCUCUUGGAGAAUACGAUGCAAACCAGCCCAUGUACGUCGGGGGCGUGUCGGAGAGUCUUCCGCAAGUUGGGAGCUUUGGCUUGAUGGGUUUUGGCGGCGCUGGUGUCUUCCUGUCCCGCCCUCUUCUUCAGCAGAUUAGCAAGCCGGAGGUUUUCAAUGAAUGCGCCAAUUCUCCGCACACUGGUGACCGCAGGAUUUCUGUCUGCAUUUACCAGCAUACCCUCACUCGCUUGACCAUCCAUCCCGGUUUGCGACAACUGGACCUUACCGGUGAUCUCUCUGGAUUCUUCGAGUCACAGCGGCCCCCACCACUCUCUGUGCAUCACUGGAAGUCAUGGUUCCAUUCCGAUAUGGCCAAAAUCGGCAUUGUUGGCGAACUGUGCGGUGAUAGCUGUCGCCUGCAACAGUUUAAGUUUGCAGACGGAUGGAUCCUUACUAACGGGUACUCAGUGGUGAAGUACGGCGCUAAGGUUGAUCCUGACGAUAUUUCCAUGGAGAUAACCUGGGAUGCCCAAAAUGGCGAGAUGUAUCUCCAUGCGCUCGGCCCCCUACGCCCCAAGGACGCGGAUAAGUUCAGCUACUUGCUAGCAGACUCGGUUCUAGACGGAAACAAGGUACGACAAUAUUACAUCCAUCACGAUUCCAAGAACGGAGAUCAGGUUUUGGAGUUGGUAUGGCAAACUUGA